GUGUGUCACAUUAAAAUGUGUAUUGCCAUAAUCUGAUAAUUUGAUAAGCUUUUAAAUAUUAGAGAAAUGAUUUUAUUUUUUGGAAACCAUUGUUUGAUAGAAGACCUAUCAAUAUAAUUCAACAAUAAUGCAAGACUUGAAUUAAGUGUAGUAAAUUAUCAACUAAAUCUAAGGAGAAAAUAAAGAUAUCAAAAUAGGAUUUACAUAAACUCUACCAUAAAUUAAUAAAAAGUCUAAUUAUUGGUUGGAAUUGGUUUCCAUUAUCAUUACUAGAUUGCAAUAAUUAAAAAUUACUCAAGAUUAAAGUAUAUAAUAUUAAAAUUAACUAAAAUUAUAUAAUAUCAUUUUAUAUUUUAGGAAUUGCAAAUAAAGCAUAAUAAAGUUUUGGAUUUGAUAAUUAGUAAUAGAGCAAAAAUCAAAGUAUUAAGUAAUAAAUUAACUUAAAAAUGA